UCUGAAGCGAAGGCGAGCGUCGGCGGGGGAGGAGGGGGGGCAGCGCUUCCCCCUCAGGCGGGAGAGCGAGCGGGCGGGCGACCGAGGGAGGGAGAGCAGGCGGGGAGCCGGGAUGGCGGGGCCCGCGGGGGGCCCGGGCUGACCGGAGGGCCCUGCCGUCCUCCUCCUCCUCUUCCUCCUCUUCCGUCCCCCCCCCCGCUGGAAACUGGCGGAGCUGGGCCGGGCCGGGGGCGCGGCGGGCCCCGCCGGCCGGAUGAUGCGCUCGCAGUGCCUGCUCGGCGUCCGGGCCUUCCUGGCCUUCGCCACCAAGCUCUGGAGCUUCCUGCUGUACCUGCUGCGACGGCAGGCCCGCACCGUGAUCCAGUAUCAAACGGUGCGCUACGAUAUUCUCCCUCUUUCCCGGGUUUCGCGAGAACGGCUGAAUCAGGUGAAGAGGAAGAUUCUCGUCCUGGAUCUGGACGAGACCCUGAUCCACUCGCAUCACGACGGGGUGCUGAGGCCCACCGUCCGGCCUGGAACCCCCCCAGACUUCAUCCUGAAGGUCGUCAUAGAUAAGCAUCCUGUCCGCUUUUUUGUACAUAAGAGGCCACACGUUGACUUUUUUCUAGAAGUGGUGAGCCAGUGGUACGAGCUUGUGGUCUUCACAGCUAGCAUGGAAAUCUACGGCUCGGCUGUAGCAGACAAGCUAGACAACAACAGGAGCAUCCUCAGGAGGAGAUACUACAGGCAGCACUGCACUUUGGAGCUGGGCAGCUACAUCAAAGACCUCUCGGUGGUCCACAAUGACCUGUCCAGCAUCGUCAUCUUGGACAAUUCCCCGGGAGCCUAUAGGAGCCAUCCAGAUAACGCCAUCCCCAUCAAGUCGUGGUUCAGCGACCCCGGGGACACGGCCCUCCUCAACCUCCUGCCCAUGCUUGAUGCCUUGAGGUUCACAGCGGACGUCCGGUCGGUGCUCAGCCGCAACCUGCACCAACAUCGCCUCUGGUGACGGCGGCUCCUCCUUUCUUCAGGGUUUGGCCACAGCCCUCUGCCUUAUCCCGGGACCCGCUCCUCUCGCCAGGCGCCACGGCCGACAACACCCUCC